AUGGGGCACGAGGACGGCACGAAUUGGCUCCUGUUGCUGCUCGAGCGGCUCCGGCGCGCCGCCGCCCAGCUAAAGGUCAGGCCAGCAAGUGACCAGGACCAGGCGGAGUAUGCUGCGGCGGUGCAACUUCUCGAGCUCCGGGUGCUGGCGCUAGGGGGCGAUGAGUGGCGGGCCUUGGCGGCGAGCGGCGCCGUCGCCGCGGUGGUUGGCUUCGCGGUGGAGAGCGUAUUGGAGGACCCGCUCUCGGGCUUCGCCGUCGAGGCCUGGGCGGGGGCCCUGGACGCGCUGCUGGCGCGGGCGAAGCCGGCUGUCGGCGCCGCCCAGCACGUCCCGCGGCUGUGGGACGCGGCGAAGCAGUUGGCGAGGGAUCGCGGCGGCAGCAACGCCACACUCCAAGCCGCGCUGACGCUCCUGCGGGUGGUUCUCAAGCGAUGCCCGGCAAACGUUGACUGCGUCCCGCGGCAGAACCUUCCCCACCCCGUGAAGACAGCGGCUGUCGCGCCGCGGUUGGCCGCCCUGGAGCUCCUUCCAUACCUCAUUCUACAGUCCCACAAAUACAAUGAGCAGCAGCAGCAACAACAACAACAACAAUAUCCGCAGGAGGAGAGGACUGGCAGCCCGACGCCGUCGUCGCUGCUGCUGCCGCCGCCGCGGCCGCUACUGGCCGCGGCUUGGCUAGAUUACCUGCGCAAAGCGGUGGCCUGCCCUCUUCCCCUGGUGCGAGAGAAGGGUGUGGAAAGCCUGUGUGUUUUGCUGAAGGGGUGCGUGGUGCCGGACACGGCCCAGUCCACCGCCAUGCUGGACAUGAUGAUGCGCCUCGCCGAGGGCGUCGGCAUCUCUUGCAGGCUUGAAAACGACGUGGGCACGGCCAUCGGGUGCUUACUGGCCGCCACGCAGCAUGGAAGUGACUGGACACACUUCGCCGCAGCAACUGACGCGGAAGCCGCGGAUAUUAUUAGGCAUUUAUUUAACCCUAGUGCAAUAAACCACGCGACGCAGCGCGUCCUUUCAGUGGCCAUCGGGGAACUUUUGCUGCAGACUGUCUCGUUGGAUUCCAUGGAGAGGGCUGUGGGCUGCUUUUUGAGCUGCUGCAGCCGGUCCCGCACGAUGACCGCAGGUACAUGCCGCCCAUUGUUGCUCGGGCGGUGCUGCUUUGGGCGUCACGCAUGA